AACCUCAAGAGAAUUUUUUUUAUUAUUAUUAUUCUUUAAGAAAAAAAUAAAAAUCACCGCGCGCCGUUUUGUUGUGCUGAUAAAGAGGCUCCGGCGCGUGGAGGGUUAAACUGAGCCUGAAAGGGGUUCGGGGGACUAUGAGAUAAAGAUGCCGGGCUCCCUGAGUAAUGAAGACGAGGGACAGGACGACAUGGAUUUUGGAGACGAUGUGCCAGAUGACGAUGAUGAAGGUGAGCGCAACACUGUUCCCCUCACGCCGCUCGACAGCUUCUUCUCUGAUGAUGACUGCCUCAAGCAACAAAAGAAGAAGAAGCCCAAAAAGAUGAAAGAAGGGAAGAUGCCCAAAGUAAAGAAGAGGAAAAAGGAGGGGGGAAUUGUGACAAGAGUGGACAGUGACCUGGAGGAGACCUCAGAGGUGGAGGAGAAUCGGGAAUGUCCAGAAAUUGCCUCUGGCAGCGAGAGCAGCAACUAUGGCCCCACCAAGAAAAAGAAGAAGAAACCAAAGGAGAAGAAAGAGAGAAAGCCCAGGAAAAAGAAGAGGGAGGAGGAAGAUGAUGAUGACGACGAUGAUGAUGGGAACAUGAAGGAACCCAAAUCAUCCAGCCAGUUGAUGCAAGAGUGGGGUCUGGAAGAUGUUCAGUACGGUUUCUCCGAGGACGACUAUAAAACCAUCACAAACUAUAAGGCAUUCAGCCAGUUCCUCAGGCCUCUUAUUGCCAAGAAAAAUCCGAAGAUCCCCAUGUCAAAGAUGAUGACAGUGUUAGGGGCCAAGUGGCGUGAGUUCAGUGCCAACAACCCGUUCAAAGGCGCAUCUGCCACCGCUGUUGCCGCUGCUGUGGCUGCCGCCGUGGAGACGGUUACUGUGGCUCAGCCAACGUCUGUCAGCGGCAGCCAGUCGAGUGCUCAGCUGGGGCCAAUCAAAAAAGCCAAAACCAAAGAAGGAAAGGGACCCGGAGUUCGAAAGAAGAGCAAAACUGUGAAGGAGGCGAAGAAGAAACCCAAGCCCAAGAAGACCAAAUCAAAGUCAGGCCAAAGUGGGAAGAAAAAAAAAGCAUCCUCGAGUGAGGAGGACUUCCUGGAGGAGUCAGACUUUGAUGACAUCAGCAUCCACAGUGCUUCUGUUCUUUCUGAUACCUCAGGGGCUGCCAUCAAGAAAAAGGCCCGACGUGGGCGGAAAAAAAGAAAAAAAGAGAACGGUGACGGCUAUGAGACAGACCACCAGGACUACUGUGAGGUGUGCCAGCAGGGCGGUGAGAUCAUCCUGUGUGACACCUGCCCCAGAGCCUACCACCUGGUCUGCCUGGACCCCGAGCUGGAAAAGGCCCCCGAGGGCAAAUGGAGCUGUCCACACUGUGAGAAAGAAGGGAUCCAGUGGGAGGCCAAAGACGAGGAGGAGGAUGAGGAGGAAGCAGCAGGGGAGGAAGAGGACGACCACAUGGAGUUUUGUAGAGUGUGUAAAGAUGGAGGAGAGCUGCUGUGUUGUGACACCUGCCCCUCUUCUUACCACAUCCACUGCCUCAACCCCCCUCUACCCGAAAUACCCAACGGGGAGUGGUUGUGUCCGCGCUGCAUGUGUCCUCCCCUCAAAGGGAAAGUACAGAAGAUCCUGCACUGGACAUGGGGAGAACCCCCGCUGCCAGCGGAGCCACCUGCCGGGCCUGACGGCAAGCCAGCAGACCUGCUCGCCAAACCCCCACUCAAAGGCCACCCAGAGAGGGAAUUCUUUGUUAAGUGGGCCGGCCUUUCCUACUGGCACUGCUCCUGGGUCAGCGAGCUGCAGUUGGAGCUGUACCACACGGUAAUGUACCGGAACUACCAGCGCAAGAACGACAUGGACGAGCCCCCACCGUAUGACUACGGCUCUGGGGAGGAGGAGCUUAAUAGCGAGAAGAGGAAGGGCAAAGACCCUCAGUAUGCUGUGAUGGAGGAGCGUUUCUAUCGCUACGGUAUAAAACCGGAGUGGAUGGUUAUCCACCGGAUAGUCAACCACAGUUUUGAUAAGGAUGGAGAUGUUCAUUACCUGAUCAAAUGGAGGGAUCUGCCUUACGACCAGUGCACGUGGGAGGUGGAUGAAUUUGACGUUCCGGAAUACGACAGCCAUAAAUCUUUUUACUGGGACCACAGGGAGCAAAUUUUAGGGGAGGACCAAUGCUCCCUGGUGGUGAGGAAAGGAAAGAAACUCAAAGAGGACCAGCCGAAGAGGGAGGUGCCUCCUGAUGCCCCCAUCAUCGAUCCAACAAUCAAGUUUGAGCACCAGCCGUGGUACAUUAAUGCCACAGGGGGGACGCUGCACCCGUACCAGCUGGAGGGCCUGAACUGGUUGAGGUUCUCCUGGGCUCAGGGUACUGAUACCAUCCUGGCAGAUGAAAUGGGACUGGGAAAGACGGUGCAGACCAUCGUUUUCCUUUACUCGCUGUACAAGGAGGGUCACUCUAAGGGACCAUUCUUGGUGAGCGCGCCCCUCUCCACCGUCAUCAACUGGGAGAGGGAAUUUGAGAUGUGGGCGCCAGACUUCUACGUGGUGACGUACACUGGUGACAAAGACAGCCGGGCGAUCAUUAGGGACAACGAGUUCACAUUUGAAGAAAGUUGUGUAAAAUCAGGGCGAAAGGCAUUCCGCAUGAAGAAAGACACUGCGAUCAAAUUCCAUGUGCUGCUCACCUCCUAUGAGCUGGUUACGAUAGAUCAAGCCAUCCUGGGCUCCAUCACUUGGGCGUGCCUUGUUGUUGAUGAAGCCCACAGACUGAAGAACAACCAGUCAAAGUUUUUCAGAAUUCUCAAUGGAUAUAAAAUCUACUACAAGUUGCUCCUGACUGGGACUCCUCUUCAAAAUAAUUUGGAGGAGCUGUUCCACCUGCUUAACUUCCUCACCCCAGAGCGCUUCAAUAACCUGGAAGGAUUCCUGGAGGAGUUUGCUGACAUCUCAAAGGAGGACCAGAUCAAGAAGCUCCAUGACCUGCUCGGGCCUCACAUGCUCAGGAGGCUGAAGGCUGAUGUCUUCAAGAACAUGCCUGCAAAGACCGAGCUGAUUGUCCGAGUGGAGCUCAGCCCCAUGCAGAAGAAAUAUUACAAGUUUAUUCUGACAAGAAACUUUGAGGCGCUGAAUUCCAAAGGUGGCGGUAACCAGGUGUCCUUGCUCAACAUUAUGAUGGACCUGAAGAAGUGUUGCAACCACCCGUAUCUGUUCCCUGUGGCUGCAGUGGAAGCUCCUGUAUUACCAAACGGGUCUUAUGACGGUAAUCUGUUGGUAAAGUCAUCAGGAAAACUGACACUGCUUCAGAAAAUGCUGAAGAAGCUCAAAGAUGAAGGACACAGAGUUCUCAUUUUCUCUCAGAUGACAAAGAUGCUGGAUCUGCUUGAGGAUUUUCUGGAGUUUGAGGGCUAUAAAUAUGAGCGUAUCGAUGGCGGAAUUACUGGAGGCCUCAGGCAGGAAGCCAUUGACCGCUUCAACGCGCCUGGUGCCCAGCAGUUCUGCUUUUUGCUUUCAACGCGAGCCGGAGGUCUGGGGAUCAACCUGGCGAGUGCGGACACCGUUAUCAUCUACGACUCUGACUGGAACCCUCACAAUGACAUCCAGGCCUUUAGCAGAGCCCACCGUAUAGGCCAAAAUAAGAAGGUGAUGAUCUAUCGCUUUGUGACACGGGGCUCAGUGGAGGAGCGGAUCACUCAGGUGGCAAAGAGGAAGAUGAUGCUCACACAUCUAGUUGUGCGGCCUGGUCUGGGCUCCAAAACUGGCUCCAUGUCCAAACAAGAACUGGACGACAUCCUCAAGUUUGGCACUGAGGAGCUUUUCAAGGAUGAAAUGGAAGCAGCCCGAGCCAUGGGUGACAACAAGGAUGGCGAGGAGGGAAAUGUGAUUCACUACGACGACGAUGCAAUCUCAAAGCUGUUGGAUCGGAGCCAGGACGCCACAGAAGACACAGAGAUUCAGAACAUGAACGAGUACCUCAGCUCCUUCAAAGUGGCACAGUAUAUGGUGAAAGAGGAGGAUGGAGAGGAGGAGGUAGAACGUGAGAUCAUCAAGCAGGAGGAGAACGUGGACCCUGACUACUGGGAAAAGCUUCUUCGCCACCACUACGAGCAGCAGCAGGAGGAUCUGGCUCGCAACCUGGGAAAGGGCAAGCGGAUCCGAAAGCAGGUCAACUACAACGACACGACCCAGGAGGACCAAGAAUGGCAGGAUGAUCUUUCAGACAAUCAGUCGGAGUAUUCCGUGGGGUCCGAGGACGAGGACGAAGAUUUCGAGGAGAGGCCUGAAGGUGGACGUAGACAGUCUCGUCGACAGCUCAGGAGUGAGAAAGACAAACCUCUACCACCGCUACUGGCACGUGUUGGUGGCAGCAUCGAGGUCCUGGGGUUCAAUGCUCGCCAGAGGAAAGCCUUUCUCAAUGCCAUCAUGCGCUGGGGCAUGCCUCCUCAAGAUGCUUUCAACUCUCACUGGCUGGUCAGAGACCUGCGAGGGAAGAGCGAGCGUGAAUUCAGGGCCUACGUCUCUCUUUUCAUGAGACAUCUUUGUGAACCGGGUGCGGAUGGAGCAGAGACCUUCGCCGAUGGAGUCCCACGUGAGGGACUCUCACGACAGCAUGUUCUCACCAGGAUUGGAGUCAUGUCUCUUGUCCGGAAAAAGGUCCAAGAGUUUGAGCACGUCAACGGGAAGCUGAGUUCUCCUGAUCUGAUUCCCAUUGGUCUGGAGCUGAAGAAACUUACAGAAAGUGUGUCUUCUGACUCCAACACCCCCGUGCCAGCCAGCCCUGUUGCCACGCAGCCCGGAACCCCUGUCCCACCAGAGAAGCUUGAGUCCUUCCUGGGCAUCGCUGAGGAGAAAGAGUCCACAGAGCAAGACGGCAAGAAACUGAGUGAGCAAGAAAUGUCUGGUCCAGAUUCAGGAUCUGUACCCGAGAAGGCAGCUGAGAGGGAGGAAAACAAGUCUGGCUCAGGCGACAAAACAGGAGAGGAGAGGGACAGAAUUGAGUCACCCUCCACCAAGUCCGAGCUGUCUGCAAACCCAAAAGAACCUUUGAAACCGACGGAGCCGUCAACCACGCAGGCCGCUCCUAAAACAGAGCUCUCCAAAGAAACAGAGAAGUCUGCAGACAAAGGAGAGACAGAUUCCCCUCUGACAAAAACAGAAGACAAGGAAAAUAAACCCGAGGACGUGAAGAGUGAAGAUGCGGUGGAGGGUCGACUGAAUGGAGAGAAAGACACUUUGGAUGAGAUGGAGGAAAGCAGGAGGGAGGACAAAAACGGAUACAAAAGCAAGUUCAUGUUUAACAUCGCUGACGGAGGUUUCACAGAGUUGCACACACUUUGGCAAACCGAAGAGCGGGCCGCACUGUCUUCUGGAAAGAUGCAUGACAUCUGGCACCGUCGCCAUGACUACUGGCUGCUGGCUGGCAUCGUAACACACGGCUACGCUCGCUGGCAGGACAUUCAGAAUGAUCCUCGUUACGCCAUUCUCAAUGAGCCCUUCAAGACGGAGAUGCAUAAAGGGAACUACUUAGAAAUGAAGAACAAGUUCCUGGCUCGCCGUUUCAAGCUCUUGGAGCAGGCUCUGGUGAUUGAGGAGCAGCUGAGGCGAGCAGCCUACCUGAACAUGACCCAGGACCCCAGUCACCCGGCCAUGGCUCUCAACACGCGCUUCGCCGAGGUGGAGUGUCUGGCAGAGUCGCACCAGCACCUGUCCAAAGAGUCUCUGGCUGGAAACAAACCUGCAAACGCUGUGCUGCACAAAGUCCUGAACCAGCUGGAAGAACUUCUGAGCGACAUGAAGGCAGAUGUGACUCGAUUGCCCAACAUGCUGUCCCGGAUCCCGCCGGUGUCGUCGCGCCUCCAGAUGUCAGAAAGAAGCAUCCUGAGCCGCCUCACCAGUCGAGGAGGAGAACUGCCCCCACAGCAGCCUUUUAACCAGGGUGGAUUUGGAUGCUCUCAGAUGUACAGCAGCAGCUUUGGAGGAGGAUUCAGAGGUCCAGGCGGGCAGCCUAUGGUCAACUACAGCCAGAUGCCGCUGGGGCCCUAUGUUAGCGUGUCAUCCAAUGGACCCCCACCCCCUACAAGCCAUCUGGACAAGAAGUCAAUUGACUCUUUGAGGGACGUGGCGACCCCUGAUCUUAAGUCAGGCAAACCCACUGAUGUCAUCUGUAUUGAGGACUGAAGAUCAGCUCUGCCACACUGAUCUGAGGUCUGUGACUGGCAGGGAUGGAUGACAGCCGCACGUCUUUUCCGCUUUGUCGUCAUCCUUGUCCUUCUGCUCGUUGCUCACAGCCGCCUCCCUCUUAAAGAUCGACUCGCUGUCUGUGUGCGGAUGAGGACCUUCACGCAGACGUAUCUGUCUUAAUAAUUGCACUUUUAUCUAUUGAGGAUCCAGUUUCACAGGCAGUGGAAGAGCAGCAGCUUUUCAGAUUUUUUUUUUUGUGGUUCAUUUGCUGCACUACAAGUGGAAACUCAGUGAUCUUGAUGCUCUUUAAUCGGGUUCAAUCUAAGUCUUGGAAUGUAUGUUCUGUUCGUGCCAGCCUCGACUCUUUCAUUCCGCGUGCACUCUGCUGCUUUUCUUCAUCUCUUCACUGUGACCCGCUGCAGCUCGUUCCCUGUGGAGUGGAGUCACACUUUGACACCAGUUGGAUUUUUGACCGUCAGACUCCUUUAAUUUCAAUCUGGGACACAGACUUGCUCAUUUCAAACUGUCAGAAGUCAUUCUCGUGUAUGCAGUAACUGGACGCAGACUAUCUGAAGCCUCUAAAGACUGCCACCUGCUGGUCAUAGGAGAGAAUCAUCGCUGCCAAAUCUGCAGACGACCUUGUACUGUAUAUAUAUUCACAGACUGCUGCUUAAUUUACCUCACAUAGGCCUAAUCACCGCAAAGUACAUAUACAUAGAUCAAAUCAAAAGGCCGGCUCAGUGUCAAGCAAA